AUGAAACAACUAGCAUUUUUAGUACUUGUUGGAGUGAUGUGCCAAGCGAGGCAUAUUCAUCCUGGCCACAUAUUGGAGAAUGAUAUUAUAUUCGAAGAUCUAAAUACGGAAGAUACGCCAGUUGAUAUAUUACACUUAAAGCAGACUAGAUUCGUGCCUUUAAACAGAGAAUCAUUUUUCAAAACCUACGAGCCUUGUGAAGAUGGGUUUAAAAGGGACGCGCUCGGAAUCUGCAGAGAAGUUUGGGAC